AUGGCCAUAUUGGUCACCUGGCUCUCAACUCCAGGAAAUUACGAGCGAUGGUUGAGCACCCCCAUCUCCAGAAAUCAACGAGAAGAAUUCUGCACAGAAAUAGUUGAGAUCAUGCAACAGCAUGGUAUCCACCACCGCAAUCCAAUUGGUAUCAAUAACCGGAUCCAAGUGAUCCGAAGAUCGUACAACACUGCCCGUGACUUUGUCAAUCAUGUCACCCGAGCCGGUGAGGAGGUUUAUCCUAUUGUCUUUGGUGUGUGA